CACCCGCGCACCCUUUCUCAGCCUUCUCUCUCCUUCAGCCCAAACUUCUUAUUUCUGUUUGCAGGUGCGCUUGGGCCCUAGCUCGUAUUCCUCGUGUUUAAUGCGACGGCGCAUGCCCAGCUUCCCCUCUUGCGAUGCAACCAUCUCCGACGUCCCUCAGCCCUGUCUCGGCGUGCGUCUUCUGACCGGUCGUUAAUCUAAUGGGUUGCUGCACCAUGGAUUCCUUGAUCAAUGCGGGGCUAUCUUCUUAGACCCUUACAUGUCUAUCUACUACAGCAACCAUUAAAAAGUUCUUCUGUUCGCGGCCACAGGGCGAUGUAGCCUAGUUUACCCCCGUUCUUAUCUCGCGGCAAGCCACAGGCUUACUAACGCCAUUCGCAGCUAAGCAUAUCGAAGAGGAGCCAUGUCCGGGUUCAGCAGCGGUCCAUUGCGACCGCCAUGGCAACAAAGUUAUCGAGUCGAACCAUUUGGAUUCCGGAGCCUCGCGAUAGAUCCGACCAACCAAAGAAUCGUGCUGGAUCUUAGCGGACUAAUGACUGGAAUCCUCGGUGUCGACCCGAGCCAGCCAAUUCCGCGUGCUGAAUUCGAGGCUCUUCACGCGCGGCUUGAGCAGGAGAGCGUAGACAAGGCGAAAGCAGACGGCAAGCAUCCAAAUCCCAAGCUUUGCUACAUGUGCCGCAGAGUCAAACCGCUAGCUCCCCUGGAUGCAAGCGCAACUGGUAGCCCUCGUUUCAAAUGGAACCCCCAACCCGUCGUCCUGCCGUUUGGUAACUGGAGUCAACUCAGGCUACGGCAGCACUGCUCAAUCUGCCGGCUUGUCUUAUCGCUCAUUAUCACCGACCAUGACAGGAACAACCUUCACCCGCGCCUUGCCGCCAUUGACCACGAGAUCCAGGGCGUGUCGCUUCAUUUAGGCGAAACACAGUCCAGUGGCGAGAGUGUUGUGAGAGUUGAGUACGGAAUGCGGCAUGUCGGAGAAUUAAGGAUUGUCACGAAAAACAAUUACACCACCGCUCUACGCCAGGGAUGGGAGGCUAAGGAUCAGAAUCACAACUUUGAGGGUUUCACCCGCCGCAUCGACGCAGAGGAUUCACUCUUUAGCGAGCAAGUCAACUUCGAGCUUCCCAAGAGCUGGCUUAAUGAUUGUGCUCUAAACCAUGGCGACUCGUGCAAUAGCAACCACCAACGCGGCAAGCGGUAUGAGGAGGAUAUACCCUUGGUACUCAUCGACGUUCGCGAAAACUGCUUAGUGACGGCCACAACGUCGGCAAAAUACUUUGCACUGAGCUACGUUUGGGGCUCAGUCGACAUGUCUAUGACUUUGCUUUCGAACUACGAAUCCCGGUGCCAGAAGGGCGGCCUUGACCAGCACUUUCCGAAUACGAUUGCGGACGCUCUUACGCUAGUGCGCGCACUCGACGAACGCUACCUAUGGAUAGACGCGCUAUGCAUCGUACAGGAUGAUACCGAGAACAAGAUGCGUGAUCUCGCUCACAUGGACGUCAUCUACCUACGCGCCUUUGCAACUAUAGUGGCUCUAGAAGGCAGCAGCGCGAACGCAGGACUACCAGGCGUGAUGCCGGGCACCCGCUCACCCCAACAAGUCGAGACGCUUGUGGUAGACGCCGGGAGCAAGGAUUUGGACUUCAGCUCAGAUACAGAUGUCGAAUCAGCGGAAGAGACAAGAAGAGAGCAGGCCACUCUCCUUCUAGCAGCGACUCCUCCGCCACUACAUCUUGCUCUUGACACUUCCUCCUGGGACACGCGGGGCUGGACCUUCCAAGAGCGGAUGCUGUCUCGGCGGUGUCUUUACUUCACAAACCGAUCUAUCUACUUCCGGUGUGGUUUGGAUCGUCCGGUACUCUCUGAAGGCGGCAUCAAUGACCGUGUACAGCUUAUACAUGGAUUCUCGGAUGACCCCAACGCCCCGAUGCGUACCACGACUUCUCUAGACAACCCACUUGCCGAGCUUUACUACCGCGACAUCAGCCACUUCAACCCCGAAUCUCGUCUAGUCAUGACCUUUUAUGUGUACAGAGAGCUCGUCGAGAAGUACACUAUUCGGAAAUUGACGUACGAAUCCGACAUCAUUAACGCCUUUAUGGGUAUCUUCGGUGCGCUGAACGUAGCCUUCGAGAGUGACAUCUUCUGCGGUAUGCCUGCCACUGCUCUCGAUCUAGCGCUGCUUUGGACACCUGCAGGUCGGCGUCCGCGACGUAAGAAGGUUCGGAUUCCGUUGGAGCAAGACAUUGAGCAUAGACCCUUCCUUGGGCGUUCGAUACCUACUAACAGAGGCACACACGAAGUGGUCUGGGGCCCCACUGAGGUUCAAGAGUUCGAUGAGAGCGUGGACAGGCAAUUCCCGAGCUGGUCGUGGGUUGGUUGGGUCGGCGCCGCCGAGUAUAGAUUCUUUGCAGAGGUCGCACCGUACGAGCCACUGCCGAUACCGCUCAUUGAAGAGUACGCCAUCAACCUGGACGGGAAGGAACUGCAAAUUGUUUCAGGGCGAAAGGACCAGGUUGUUGCCAGCCUUAUGACUCUGGAUAUCGCGGCUUCUAUGGCUAAUCUUGGCUUAAACGAUAGGGAGGGUGACGAUGAGCUCGUCACCUCCCCUUCUCUCCCAAACGUCCUUCAAUUUGUGGCUUCUACUCUUCCCCUUACUGCCUUCACUAUCUCUACGCAACGCGAGUACAUAUCCGCCAAAGGACACGUGCACUCCUCCAGCAGGCAAGAAGUACGCUAUGUCCUCGAUCAUAGAGGAAACCGCUGCGGGCUAUGGUGGGAACAGGCCGGAUACGUGUACGUCGGGCGCGGCGUCAGUCCGGCAGCGGAGAGCAAAAUGAUGCUGGUCGCUAUUAGUGGGUAUGGACCAGACGAGCCGGCAGGAAGAACAGGGCCAAGCCGCGCCGAGGGCGAAAUCGAGCUGUUCGAUGAGAGGGUAUAUCCUGCCAGUGGACUGGGAAGUGGACUGGUGAAUGUUUUAGCGGUGGAUUUAGAUAUGGGGCAUGACUUUGGCGAGAGAAUCACGGUUGCGAGGAUCCAUUACAGGGCUUGGAAAGAAGCAGGGCCGGUGAUGAGAAUGGUGAGGUUGGCUUGAUUGUCCAUAAGAUAAUUCGGAAGGUCUCGUGGGCCAAUUGUUCGCACAGCGCAAUCUAGUCUAUGUUCCUACAGUG